UUGGGUAGUAUCCAUAAUUGUGUUUUAGUCUAAUAAUAUCGUAAAUCCAUAUGUGUAUUGUAAUAAGCUACGAGAUUCUUGAGAAAUCUAGUUUUUUAGCACAAUGAUAUGGGUGACGAUUCUGUGAAUAAAAUGAUGUGAUUACUAAAAUUAUAAUUACAAAUUAUUUUGUAAAUAAAACGUUCAUUCACAAUACCAUAGAAUGACAGAUAAUUCGCGUAAUUCGAGAAAAGCUAAGAAACAAUCAUUACUACCUGGUUGGAUCGAGCGCUCUUCGAAAAAGUAUCCCGAUAAAUGUUUUUAUUUUAAUGAAAAAACAGGUGAAUCUAGAUGGUCACCACCACCUUCGGAUUCACAAUCAGAGGUUAUGAACUUAGAAGGAAAAGGUAAAAAACGGAAAGUAUUGGAUAAAGAAACUGAAGAAUCUUUAUGUACAAGUACUACCAUUGACGAUGACGUAAAUUCUACGAUAUCUGAUCGGCCUAAAUUAAAGAUUAGAAAGUUAAAAGUUCAUAACAAUGAACAAUAUGAAGCCAAUAACGAUACGCCUGCAAUGCGCCUGUAUAGAGAAAAAUUGGCUCAAAGAAAAAUUGCUCUCGAGGCUAAAAAGAAUACUCCUAAAGCAUCUAUACAGAAACAGAAUAAAAUGUUAUCGCCACCUAACGUAACUUCUCAAGUUACUUCUUCGUCAUCAAGUUCACAAAGUCAAAGAAGGACCCGCCGAACAUGUUCCAGUCUGUCCAAUGAAACAGCUUCCACUUCUUCCAAUAAUUUUCCUAAUAUAUCUAUUGUGGAUACAAAAACAGAAAAAACAUUACCUAUUGUUGAAACAUGUAAAAGAGCUACUAGAAGUUUGGUACAUGAGUCUGUGAAUAAGACAGGUAAUAUUUCUAAACUUCAGAUUCAAAAAGCAAGUUUAAUAUCUUCUAAAUCAAAUGCAUCGUUGCGUGACAGAUCAGUAGAUACAGGUGUAAUUAAAAAAAAUUUAGUAGAUACUAACAACAAAAGAGGUUCUCUUAGGAGAUCCGUAACAAGAAAUUUAUCAAAUGAUCAAACUAAAAGUUUUAGAAGAAGUUUUAAUAAUAAAAGCAUAAUAGAUGAUAUUAAUAUAGCAAACACUUCUAUGAAAUCUGUAGAAACAAAUUCAUCCAACAAACAAUUUAAAAGCAUUUCGAGCAAUAAAAGGUUAUUAGAUGACAAUACAUUAAGUACUCCUAGAAAAUCUAUGCAAAAAAAUUUAUUAAAUGAGUGCCAGGAGAGUUUGAUAAAAAGUUCAACAGAUGAAAGAUUUGUAAAUAAACAUUCUCCUAUAUGUACUCCUAGAAAAUCGCCAAACAAUACAUAUACUCCUAGUAAAUCUGCAAAAGAAAAUAUAAAAAACAGUAGGAGCUUGGAUGAAAUCGAGGUGGCCAAUGUGCAUUGUGAACAAAUGGAAUGGGAACCAAUUGAAGAUGAAAAAAUAAUGUCAGAAGUUCAUUCUGUUAGAUACCACCUAUGUGAAAAGUCUGCAGGAGUAUUAAAUAAAUUUUCGUGCAGCGCUUUGCAAUCAUUGGAUACCUCGGGAGAGAAGCAUGCAUUAUACAUAAUUAUUGACACAAAUGUUUUUCUUUCAAAUUUACCAUUUAUUGAAGAAAUUCGAGAUUCUCACUCCGACAUUUUUGGUAGACCGUUUAUUGUUAUUCCUUGGACUGUUUUACAGGAACUUGAUUUUAUAAAAGAUAGCAACAAUCCUACAAGAUCGCAAGUCCUCAAACCCAAAGCGAGGAAAGCCGUAGAGUUUUUAAACCAUCAUUUCACCAUUAAGCAUCCUCGUUUCCUAGGUCAAACGCCAAUGGAUGUAGAAAAAAAUAAGAAAAAAUUUGUAAUUGAGUGUCCUGACGAUGAAAUAUUACAAACCUGUUUGCAAUUAAAGGAAGCGUUUAAAUCACCAGUUCUUUUAUCUUAUGACAAAAAUCUUUGCAACAAAGCCAUGAUACAUGAUAUUCCGAUAUUAGGUCGAAAUGAUCCUUUGGAGAAAAUAUAUUAUUUAAAGGCAGCAGAAACUACAGAAUUUCUGUCAAACAGCCUUCAUACGCAUAUCGAUAAAAGCGAGGACGACAAUGGUUUUGUACAAAAGGAAUUGCUUGCAGCUGAGGAUAUUAUGGAAAAUGGGAAAGCUGUUCUCAAGGCUGUUUUUUCAGCGGUAAAUAAUGUAGUAACUAAUGAAAUGAAACACUUAUUUGGAAAAAGAUGGGAAAAUCAUGUAAUUAUUAAACCACCUUGGACAAUAGUUGAUGUUUUAAAGUGCACAUUGAAACAUUGGAUAGCUGCUGUAUCCGAAUCCUUUGAAAGAAGAACUGAAUCAAUGAUACGUAACAUUUAUGUGUGCAUUAACGAAGUGCCAGAAGGUGGCAGAAAAUUGCAAGAUGUUAAUAUUUUCUUAGAUCAAUGUAAAAACGUAAUACAAACUUUAAAUAAUGCUAAAUAUCCCUCUUUGAAGCAACAAAUGUUAACUCAAAUUGACGUAAGCAAAUUUAUUUUGCAAUUUCACAUAUAUUUCGUUGAGAAUAAAAUUAUUAAUAAGGACAUUGAUUAGGAUUUAAAACAAACAUGUAUGAAUAAUAUAAAGGAAUUUAAUAAUGUAAGACUUAAAGAAUCUGUAGGAUCUGAAGACGAUGCAGGCGAAGAGGAAAGAAGGGCAUCGCUUGCUUUUAAGGUGUUUGAAGAAAUUUAUGCUUUUGCGAGAGAUACAUGUGGUUUAUCUGCUGAUGCUAUGGGAUUACAAUGUUCUUUCUCAUAUAAUAAAUUGCAUCCUUUUCUUACGACAAAGAUCGCGCUUGAGCACCAAAAUGAUGUGGGUACUAAUGUAAAUAGAUUAUUACAAGCGCUAAGGGUGUAAGUAUUUUACCUAAUAAUUAUAUUAAAAAAUUUUGUAAUAAGUAUUGUUAAGCUACUUGUUUAUGUACGCUUUUUGAUAUUUAGAACUCUGUCCAAAUUGAACGAAGGAACAGGCCUUGAUAAUACCAUUAUUCUUUCUCUAUACGAAGAACUUGUUAAUUUUUCACCAGAUUUGAAUUUUAAGGAGCUCAAGCAAGUGACACCGCUUGAUAUUUAUUGUUGUGUAAAAUUGAAAAAAGCGACAAUUGAAAAUGGAUACGAGCAGUUACAAGAGUUAGCCAUACACUUUUGUCGAAUGGCAAAUCAUAAGUAUUCGUGAAAAAAAUUUGCACACGAACAUAAGAAAUCGUUGUAGCAAUAUAAAAAACAAAAAAAAAAAAAACAAA